AUGUUCAAAAAGGACUUGUCGGCGGGCGCAAAGUCCAAAGUCAAGUCCUCGGUUCAGCGGGGCAUCAGAGCCAAAGUGCUCGAGACGUACCCGAACCUCGAGCCAUACAUUGACGAGAUCAUGCCCAAGAAGAGUCAACUGGAUCUAGUAAAACUACCCGAUCGUGUCUCCCUCUAUGUCCUCGACGACCACCCCCUCUUCUACCAACACAUGGAUGACCCUAUCAUCCCCCACCUGAAACUGGUCCACCAAUACCCGCAAUGCUUCAAUCACCUACGCAUCGAUCGGGGCGCAAUCCGUUUCGUCCUCUCCGGCGCCACGUUGAUGGUUCCCGGCCUCACCUCCGCAGGAGGUUGGUUGCCCGGAAAGGACCAGGAGGUGAAAGCGGGGGAAAUCGUUACUAUCACAGCAGAAGGGAAAGAAGAAGUAUGUAUGAUUGGAAUCUUAGAGGUAGGGACCGAGGAAAUGAAGGCGAAGAAAAAGGGCGUGGCCAUGAGCUCGGGCCACUAUCUGGGAGACGGAUUGUGGAAGUUGGAUCUGAGUUGA